AUGGUGGAAAACUUUGAAGUUGUACUCGCCAACGGUGACAUCGUGAACGCCAACGCUACUAGCCAUCGCAAACUCUGGAAAGCUCUUCGCGGCGGCUCCAACAACUUUGGCAUAGUCACAGCAAUUACUCUGCGUGUGUUUUCGCAGGGUAAAUUCUGGGGUGGUCAGACUUUCCACCCAAUCAGCACGCGUAAAGACCACUUCCAUGCGCUCGAGAAUCUCAUCGCAGCCGUACCUUAUGACAAAUACGCCCACUUCAUUAAUACUAUUGUCAUCACGAAUGCCUCAUACGGAAAUUGGUUCAUCGGAAAUUCCCUACAAUACACCAAGUCUGACCCCCCAACUCCGUUCCCGGAGACCUUCAAGCCCUUUACCGACAUUCCGCGUGUUGCGCUUUUCCCGGGCGCACCAGAUAACACAUUACGUGUCGAUAACCACACUGCUUUUACGUUGGAGUAUGCAGCUCUGAACGUCUAUCCUAAGCGCUGGCAGUUCGCCACCAUCAGCUUUGGCAACUCAGCUGAGAUGAUGGAGGACUUCUUCCAGAUGGCCAACGAAACCAUCCAACCAUUCCUUACCUUGCCGGGCUUCCUGCUUAGCGUCGCUUAUCAACCACUGCCAACCCUCAUGUCCGAGCGGUACGGUGAGGUUGACUCACUCGGUCCAAUACAAACCCAGGGUAAUAUGUUCUAUAUUCACUGGGCGAUGAGCGUCGAUGGCAGCGAAGUUGAGACCGACAGGAAAUUCGAAAAGGUCACAAGGGAUCUAUUUCAGCGUGCAGAGGCAAAGGCGAGAGAGAAGGGCUUGCGAAGAGACUUUCUGCAGUUGACGAGCAACGGUACAUUGAAGGAGUUGUGGAGAGUGAGUAAGGAGUAUGACCCCACUGGAAUGUUCCAGAAGCAGGUUCCUGGCGGGUUCAAGCUAUCAGAGAUGGACGAAGAUAGUAUGGAGCUGUAG